CGUGGUUAUUUCCACCUAGCACGAUGAUUGAUUCGGUUUGCGAGGGGUACACGUACUAGAGAAUUCUAACUAUCCUCCAUCAAAGCAAUCAUGUCUCGUUUGCCUUUGCCUCUCGCCAUCAGCCGCUUGUCCUGCUGCAGCUUGUUGAUUAUCGGGAGAGUCUGGGCGUACGCGGAACCACCAACGCUAUUUAGGGUGGACGGAAGCAGUAGUCAGACUACACCCGAGAUCUUUCAGCUCAAAAAUUAAGGCUACAAGAAAUCCAUCUUCACAGGCGUCUUGGUUCCGUUUCUAAAGGAAAAGGGGGCUCGCGAUGCUGCGGAGGGAGGAUGUCUCCUAGUUCUAAAGAGAAUCUCUACAGGUCCAGCAGCCGAGUGAAUGUGGGUCUGUUUUUUGGGAGCGCGAAGGAAUCCGGGUUGACAUCAGCGUCGAUCCCGAGGUGGUGAAGUGUGCAGAUUUAUGGCUACGGAGUUUGCAUGAGCAAUGGCUACCACCAGGGGCAUUAAAAUUAGAUAGUACUGGUAAACAGGUCCAGGGGCAUUAGGAUUAAAUAGUACUGGUAAUAAAAGUCUAGAUGGUAUGAGCGCACUACCCCGCCCUCUUCGAACAUGCUGCAAGUGUCAGAAGGAGCUACUUAAUUUAUUUAGAGGAUUUACAUUUAGUCUAGCAGUCAAACCCUCUUUGAAGACGUCCUCUUGUUUGUGGAGAUCAGACUCUUUCAUAUCAGAUCCGCAUUCGUAGUGCGCAUGGUGCGGCCGUUUGGUACUACGAGAUUCCGCCGCCUGCUGGUCCGCUUGUUAAGAAGCAGCUCUGGUCUUGUUCAUCUUGAGAGGCAUCUUCUUUGGCCGCCUUUUCCGGUAAGAGCAAGAGCUGCUUCUGCAGCAAUUAAUCUCAAUACUUUAAAGGAAAGAAAAGACAGAAAAGAUGCUCUUCUAGAUGAGAAUUACAGAGAGAUCUAAGACUGCCUUGAAAUUGUGCUCGACCACAGGAGGAACAAAGCAAAAAGGGGGUGAAAUAUUGAGCGGUACCGUGCCGUGGUCUAGGGUUUCUGGCGCAGGAGAGAUGGCAGAACAGUCCGGCUUUGGCGGAAAUAGGCUGAAUGAAAUAUAUGGCUGCGAUUUUCAACCCGUCUCUACGGUGGUCCAGAGUGGCCAUAUCAGUUGCAGACGCAUGAAAUGACAACCCUAAAAAGCGACGUUCCGUAAGCAUGGAUGUAUCUAUACGGGAACAAUUCGAGGAUUGGAUGGAGUUGUAGCCUAGUUAUUGGUCUUCUGUUCACCUCCAAAUGAUACUGGUCUUCUGUUACUAUGUGAGGCAGCUCCGAAGUUUUGUAUCAUCGCCUUUAAUACCCUGCUCUACGACAAUGUGAAGACCAUCCGCGUGUCAGCAAUUGCUUGGGGCCAUGACGGACGUGCAUUGGGAGAGGAGGUUGUUUUCGCACUAGUUGGCGACGAUGAGCUGUCUGGGGAAGACACGGAGCACAUCGCAACCUAUUUAGAGGAGGAAGAGGAGCAACGGAAAGCUGCUGAUGCCGAGCAUACUGCGAUGACCUUGAAGCACAGAGAAAUUACAGGAAAGGAAAGGAUUUCUUUUACGACGACGAUGGAUCGUCUGGGGCAGAAGAAGACCGAUGCAAGUCAGGGUCACGGCUUCGCGAAAACUGAUGCAAGUCAGGGGCAGACUGAGACUGGCAAAUCGCUGGAGGUGGCAAGUACAGAUGCUGGUGGUGUGGGAAAAACUAAAACGGAUUCUUCUUCAUCAGUCGGAGACAAAAAUAGUAACAACCCUCUUCACCGGCCACAGGUUUUACUGAUUCGCGGUCUAGGAAAGUUGCUGCCCAAAUGGGCCGACAUCAGGGAUACAGUCGCAGCACGAUCGAAACAAGCUCUCGAGUCGUUGGCGGGGUUUUCACGCCCUAACGGCAUGAACGAGCAUGGUGUCAUUCUGCGCGAAAUCGGUAUCGAUCUUCUAGAGUGGGUCCGUCAAAAUGUCCUACCUGCGGCUCAACAGAUUAUGACUGGUACUUGAAUGAAGGAAUGUUGUGGGUUUUGUAGAGCAGCAGAGGUAUCUCUAUGGAUAGCUUGAUGUACGUCUAUGAGACCAACCUCGCCUGUGAGUACACGAAAAUUUUUUUUUCGUGUACUCUAGAAUUUAGUAUCAGUCCCUAAUACUACGAUAUGUAUAACUUCGCACCUGGUGCUCCCACACUUUCAUGAUUCCGUUCCCGGAAUGGGGUAUGUUUACCAUCGACCGCUGGCACGCGUUUACAUUGCAUUAUGGAGGAGGCCGCGACGAAGGUCUAGACAUGCAUAUGGAUGGCGCGGAGGUCACUUUUAAUGCUUGUCUCGAGACCUCACGGAAGGACCAGCUGUUGUUCGGACAGCAGAAUGGUAUUGCUGAGGAGAACCAGGUGGUGACGGUUGGAGACAUUCAAGUCAAGGAUGGUGUGAACAAAGUAGACUGGAUAGAAGAUGACUUAGCCGCUCGAACUGUGGAACGGAGACUGCGAGUAGUUGAGCGGGACAGCUUUGAAAAAUCGAGUAAUGCUCUCCUGUCCUCUACUAAGAUCGGUGGUUUUGGCGCAUCUUCUUUUCUUGAGAAUGCUGCUUUGCCCCUUGAGGAAGACGCUGCUUUUUUAUUUCCAGGUCAGCAUACACACGGGGUGAAGAAUUUCGACGAGGGCGAUGAAAAUAGUAAGGGCACGCGAACGAACUUGGUAAUUAGGCUUUUGAGCACAGAAUUUCGUCGUUCACCAGCAACGGGAUACUACUUGCGAUGUCUCAUUAAAAAGAACACCUCUACCAACACGCGUGCUUUAUUUGAUCAGAAUACUGGGAACAAUAAUCAUGCUGAGCUUUGAUGGACAAUUGUACGAACAAUCUCACGGGAGUUGCG